AUGUUAUGACGAAAAGAAAUUUAUAAAAUGGAGGAUUUAAUUGAUAAGCUAUCUAAGAAAUACCCUGACCAAACUCCCAUCAGGGUGUCCCGGUAUGUUCCUAACUGUUUGAUCGGAAGAACGAAGGUUUGGAAGGAUGAGAAGGAAACUAUAACUGCAACGGAUACUCUCUACCCUGCUGGAUCUAUACAGGAGUAUAUCCGGGCUCCAGGAUACAAUGAAAACUCAACUAUCAAAUCAAGGUUGUACAGAGAGGUGUCUAGGAUGACAAUGUUUAUAUUUGGUAUGGGAGCAAAAUUUCUCUUAUCUGGAAUAAAUACGACCUUAGUUCAUGGAGCACAGAAUCUUCAGAAUGUUCUCUCUCGUCCUGUUCAUGUUCCUCUUCUCUCCUACUUUAAUCAUAAUUCCUGUUUCGAUGAUCCAGGAUUAAUGGGAGCAAUUCUUUCCCCUGCUCAGCUGGCGGACGUUAAAGGAAUGAGAUGGAGUGUAUCUGCUACUGAAAUAAUAUUCUUGAACCGACCUCUAUCCAUGUUUUGGUCUCUAGGAAAGGUAGUUCCUGGGGUUCGAGGUUGGGGGCCGAGGCAGCCGGCCAUAGAUUUUCUUAUUAAUCGACUUAACGAAGGUUCUUGGGUGAAUAUAUUUCCGGAGGCGAAGGUUGUAGAAUCCCACUCGCAGGAAAGGUUUAAGUGGGGAAUAGGUCGGCUUGUAGCUGAAGCAAAGUUGUGUCCGAUCAUACUCCCUGUUUACCACCUCGGUAUGAACCGUGUUCUACCUAAUCCAGGACCAGGAGAAUCUCAACCCUUUGUUAUCCGACCUGGGAACUUGGUUACUGUCUGCAUUGGUGAACCAAUUGACUUAACUUCUCUUAGAGAACAGCUCAGAGAAGAGAAGGAAGAAUAUGUUUGGUCAAGGAUUACAAGAGAGCUACAGGAUGUAAUGAAGGACCUGGAGAAGAGAACACGAACCCUUCACACUCAGAAUAUCCUAAACUGGGUUAGAAGGUGGCACGAUGCCAGGGACCUUUACUCCUAUAUUCUUACAUAGUUCUAACUAACAACUCUGCCGAAGAAAUCUUUUUUGUUGUUCUUAGCGACUCUUUUAUUCGCUUGGGAUCUAUAGUAUUUAUUCUUAAAUAAUUAAAUAGUUAAAUUGUUAACCAUUAUCGUCCUUGGAUCAUAGACCAACGAUCUUCUACCCUAUUUGAGAUCAUUCACUCCGACUGAAGAUCAUCUUCGAAUCAAACAUCAUCUACAUUGAUCAACGAUCAAAGAAUAUUAUACUCUGAUGCGAUUAAUGGAUUUUCGUUUACAUAAAUUUAGUCGUAAAACUCGUUUAAAGACUUUAACAUAGUAUAAUUCUAGUCUAAUUAUUCUAAAAUAAUGUAUGUAUAAUGUAUAUUUUUCCCUGGGCUCAAUUAGAACAACUUUGCAUAACAGAAAUUGCACAACUAAAACCUUGAUUCUUGAUAUAUUGUAAUUUUUAGAGAUUGAUUAAAAAAAUGUUAAAUCAUUAAUACUGAACAAUAUUUGUUAGUGAUUAGGGGGGAAAAGUUUAUUAGGGCCCACGAAACUAUGAUUCGGAUCCAGUCAAAGAUUUAAAGAUCUCAUUUUAUUUUAAACACUCAGCACUCAGCAGCCAUUAUCAUUGCACUUAAAGGGAUUGCAAGCGUAGUUUCAAGUGACCCUCCAAACAAGACGUUUAUUUAUUCGUAAUAGUUCAUUAGUUGUUUCAGUCAGCAGAAGAAACGUUGCAUUUAUACAAACAGAAAAUAAUAAACUUAUAUCAUUGAAAAUAAGAUAUUAGAAAUCGUUUUAAAAUCUCGCAGGUUUAUGCAAAUUCUUUUAGUUGGGGUCGCUUGUUGGAGGUUUUCUUUAUUAUAAUUUUGAGGAAAUCUGCGAAUAAAAUUAUAGAAACAGCAAAGGUAUUGAAGAUAAUGAAAUAAUUAAUACUUUAGUUUUCGUAGAUAAUCUCUGUUAAGAAAUAUGUUCCUAAACAUCAAAUUACUCUAAAAAAUAUUUUUUUACACGUUGCGUCCGGGCUAUUAAAUAAUUCAACUGUAAGAACCGUUUCUUCUGCUGACUGAAACAACUAGUGAAUUAUUACAAACGACUUUACGCUCUUAUCUAAAAAUUGUACACCGU